GCCGUCACGUGGGGCUGGCGGGCUCGGGCGUGCGCGGGGCGUUCCGGUUCCGGGCGCGGCGGGGUCGCCAUGGCGAGCAACGCCGCCAGCCUGAACGCCGUGAGGGAGACCAUGGACGUUCUGUUUGAGAUUUCAAGAAUAUUAAACACUGGCUUGGAUAUGGAGACAUUGUCUAUCUGUGUGCGGCUUUGUGAACAAGGGAUAAAUCCAGAAGCCUUAUCUUCUGUUAUUAAAGAAUUGCGGAAGGCUACAGAAGCUCUAAAGGCUGCUGAAAAUAUGACAGGCUGACAUGGGAGAAGAUCACUGCAUGAGAAGAAUGCCAAGUUAAACUUUUCAGGAGUUCUGAAGUUUGCCACUAUUAAGCACAAAAAAAUGAAAUAAGUGUAUGUGAAGGUUUCAGAGUACAUCCAUAAUACUUUUCAAAAGAGUGGUGUAUAUAAUAGCUUUGAAAAGUUUUUAAAAAGUUCACCAGUAAUAUUAUUGGUAUUUUUGUGAACUGUUUGUGAAUGUAGUGCAAUUGUUUUUCUUUGGCAUCCUGUACAUUUAAAAUCACACCAGAUAUUGUACAUUUGUUGAAUUUACUAGUGUGUACCAACAAAUCUUGUUAGAAUGAGUGUAGUUUUGUUAAUGCAUCCUUUAGAAGUGGUAGUAUGUUGCAGGUUUUACCUUAUGCUUUGAUGAAAAGCUACAUGUGCAAUUUUAGUCCUGCUUUAUGGUCCAGAUAGGAAUGAAGCCCAUAAUGACUUUUUUUUAGAGCAAGCACAAUAACUUAAGUCUCAAGCUGAAAGUAAUAAAUAAAGCUUUUUUUUAAUAAUGUA